UCAGGAUAUCCAAUCAAGUGUUGCCUUUGAGCUUGUGUUGAAGCAGGUGUAGUUUGCUAGCUUUAGACACUGCCAACACAUCAGUUGCUAUGGCUAUUCACUUUUGCCUUGGGGUGACCUUGCUCCUCUCUAUGUGGGCAACUGCAACAUGUGAUGUUCCCAAUGAAGCUAUAAAUAUGGAGUGUCAUGAUCGCUUCCUCGUGAUAGCUGUUGAUCUCGCCUUCACUGGGAAUAAACCCCACUUUGAGGCAGUUGAUGAGAGCGGUGUGUACCCCAUCACUAGGCACAGGGCAGCACAGUGUGGCUACAGUAUCGGUGUUCUCCCUCUGCUUGGACAUGUGGAGCUCCGAGCCUCUUACUUUAGCUGUCACACUGAAAACAACGAUGACAAAGUCUUCACGUUCAACUUCAACCUGGUUGUUGUAAAUGAAGGAAAGAUUGUCAGCUAUGCCUUGAGCAAGACCUGUUCUCCAUCUCUCCCCUGGUCUCCCAGAGAGGUUACCUGUGAGGUCAACUACAUGGAGGUGUCAGUGAAUAGUGAGAUCACCUGUCCAUCUGAGACAAAGAAAGAAGACUGGAAUGCUGCUCUAAAAUCAGCUUAUAGCUCAGCAACUUCAGACUGGCAGGUUAUGUUGCACGGCGGUGAGGAGCAGGGGAUGCCAAUGAACCUUUCUGAAGCUCAUAAGCGGGGCUAUUCGUUUGACUUGACGGACAGCAGGCUGGUUUUACGUGCCCAGUAUGGACAACCUGAAUCAUUCAGCACUGAGGUGAAUGGUGUUCCAGUAGAGGCGGUCCAUGCCACUCUGUUCUCCAGACAGGGCUGGGUUGUCCUCAUGGUGGACCUGGUGGCUGCUUGCUCAAUGCAUGAAGGAUCAUAUAAUGACAGAGGCUACAUGAUGUGGGACACUCCUGAGGCGCUGCAUCCGCUGAUGACUAGUCAACAUGAGGCGCAGGUCAAAAUUGGAGUAAACGGUGAACUUGUGGCGGAGCCAGUUGCAGAAGAGAGGGGCUACAUUGUGGAGAAGCAAAAUGCCAUUAUCCAGAUCAGCAUCCCCUAUAAUGCAGAAGGAGCAAUCAGGAAGAGCUUGGUGUCUGGCGACCUCUUCGAAUUCUAUAUCUUUGAUCUGUACUUGGAGCAAAUGUUGUUCGGUGAAGACCAGAUGGACACCAGACUUCGUGCUCACAGGACACUGGCUACGCCUCUGCUGCCACGCUCUCUCUUCAGUGAAAACAGAACAGUUCCUGAGGAGCGUGUGUUCACGGUGUACCUCGGCGACGUGCCUGAAGACGUAGAGUUGGCAGCUGUUAAUUUGAAUGGACAAAAAUAUAAAGCUCCGUUUUCGAAUGAAAGUAGCCUCACCAUCACAAAAGUUAUUCAGCCAAACAACAAUCAUGGCUACACUCUGAAGGUGUCGAUGUUUGACCCUGUUAUCAGGCAAAAGUUCUCCAAAGAAGAUGCAGCCAUGCAGCAGACACUAGAAAUCAACUACACCUUGACGGUUCUGCCUGAAAAUGAGCCUUUUUGCCAUCUGGCAUCAGUCAAGGCAUUUACUGACGUCUCGCCACCAGUCUUUGAUGCUCUCUGUACUGAGUCUGGCAUCAGCUUCAAGCUGGACCACCGGCCUUUUGACUACCUGUGGGAGAUCACUAUCGACUCAGACCUGCUGACAUCAGAGCUGGCAGACCAGCACGGCUACAUCAUGAGCAACGAUAGCAACAGUCUGCUGCUUGAAGUGCCCCUUCUCAGUCAAGGCUACCAGUAUGAGGGCUUUAAUUUGAAGGAAGUCAUUGGUACGUUCAAGAUUCUCAUUCGGGAUCCUGAAACUUCUGAAGUCCAAAGCUCAUCUAUCAAGACUUGUUCGUUCACGACUACAGAACUCGUUGUGUGUUCGACUGAUGGGAGGAUGACUGUGGUGGCUGACUUGGCUCUGGCCAUCCCAAAUGGAGGCAAUCCUGCUAGAACCAACCUGAGAGACAAAUACUGUGGCCCCAAAGAGACAGACGGCAGCAGGGCUCUGUUCUCUUUCUCUCUCAACAGCUGUGGAUCCACAGUCAAGCUCAGCAAGGAGUAUGUGACGUAUGAAAAUGAGAUUUUCUACAGCAAGAAGCUACGUGCUCUGAAAAAUCCAGCAGAUCCUAGCAAUGAUAUUGACAGGGUGACGAUACAGUGUACGUAUCCUCUGUCUGGACUGUUCCGUCUCUUCUCAGUAUACAAGUUUGAGUCUGAUAAAGCCGGUUUUGGUCGCAUUGUUCAUUCUGCGCACUCUCCUGAAGGUCUACUGAGUCCCACCAUGGAGCCCACUCCAGUGUUUCAAACUCCAGUGUUUCAAACGCCAGUGUUUCAAACGCCAGUGUUUCAAACGCCAGUGUUUCAAACUCCAGUGUUUCAAACUCCAGUGUACACUACCAGACGCUCCAGAAGACCUGUGUCAAUGAGACCUGGGUACCAGCCUCCUGUUAAAUACAUCAAAGUACCCAGCUUUCUGAAGAAUCUUCCCAAGAAAGGAGCCAAAGGACAAUUGCAAAUUAAAUUGAAUCCAUAUAUUUCUUUGUAACUACUUUGCUUUACAUUUUUAAAUGUAAAGCUUAAUAAAUUUGUCUUUAAAAUUCUUGACUUAUCAAAUAAAUGCAACAUGAAAGUACCAAUGUAUGCAAUGGUUGUUUAGCUCAAAGAGCCUUUCAUAACAACCUAAAGGUGUUCCACCCUCCCUGUUUAAGAGCAUGAUUUCUGAGCUGCAAGGUUGAACCUAGCUUGAGGGUUUGAGAUUCAAAUGUAUUGGAAGAGUGCGAGGGAAAGCUGACUUUUGUUUUUCUGUGGCAAUUACAGUAUUUAGACAAUUCUGACCUAAAAUCCAUAUUACAUAUCCAUUACGAACAUUCCCGAAUCAAAAGCCCUGGAUAAACGGUGAGGCGCGUGGCAAGCUGAAAGUGCGCACAGAGCUGGAGAUUUGGAGGAGUACAGGAAAUCUAGGUAUGAACUCCGGAGAGCUAUCUGCAGUGCAAAGAGACAAUACAAAGACAAGGUGGAAUCUGACUUCAAAGGCUGUAACACCCGGAACAUGUGGGCGGUUCUAAGAACAAUGACAGACUACAAAGGAGCAGCCUCAACGACUACCGCCCAGUAGCACUCACCUCCAUCAUAAUGAAGUGCUUUGAGCGGUUAGUCAAAACCUUCAUCACCUCCUCCCUCCCUGACUCUCUGGACCCCCUGCAGUUUGCCUACAGAGCAAACGGGUCCACAGACGACGCUAUAGCCCUCACCAUCCACACUGCCCUCUCUCACCUGGACCAGAGGAACACAUAUGUGAGAAUGCUGUUCAUUG